UACAUUACAUACAUACACUCUUUCUCCUUCCCUUUAAUCUUCGCACACUACUCUAGAGAAACACAGCUUAGUACAAGCUAACACUCACUGGCGCCACUGUCAAACCGAGCUAUAUUUUGUCGGAAAGUUAGUCGCCGUCGAUUAUCUCCGUUUCCGCAUAUAUGUCGUGUGGCUUUAGCUUCCAGUCAACGACUUUGCAAUUCGUGUUGUUUUAAGUUUGUUGCUGAAAUUUUCGUACCUUUCUGUAUAACCUUUACAAAGCUUAAUGAUUCGGAAAAAAGUGUUCUUGACUUACAAGCGAAAGAGGCAACCAAGUUCAGUGGAUCUUUAUCGGGAAAAUGGGAUUCCUAAUACACCUUCUGGAUGUCAAAAAUCAAACGGCCUAGCCCCUUUGCUGAAGAAAGAGGAGAAGUAUGAGAACCAUAGCAUUAAGGAUGAAAACAAAGACUUUGAGGAUAAUUCUGAAGAAGCUCACUCUUCAAAGGAUUCCAGAGGGCCUAUCUCUGAAGGAGAACCGAGGAGUUCAGAAAAGAGAUUAUGUUCUUGCAUUACGUCAGGUUGUGGAUGUGAUAGUAAAUGCACCCAGAAGUUUUCACUUUCCCCGUUGACAGGAUUGAAUACUUCUAAAGAACAGGAUUUGGUCACUCCAAAUUCUGGUGUCGAGAAGAGAUGCAAUUUUCAGUACUGUGAUACCUCUGAUUUGGGAAAACUGAGUCUGGAAGAAGCUGACACAGUAAGAGACAUAUCUCAGAGCCUCUCUGUAAAUGCAGUAAGAAAAAGCAAGUUGGCCUCCGCUCUGAUUACUUUCCAGCGGAGAGCCAAGCGGGACAAGGAUGCAGGUCAAGCAGAUGCGAAGUUCGAGCUUAAAGUUGAAGAUGUUGCUUGUUUAUCAGUUAAUACUGCGUGUCCUGUUGCUCCUCAUGGCUCUGAAGAAUCAGUUGCUAAGAGCUGCUCUAUGGAUCGUUCAGCAGAUUUUAAGCAUCCGAAGACAACCAGCGGAGGUGACCAUUAUCAAUGUUCUUGUGCUGGAUCAGCUUCGCGGAUGAAGAUAUUGAUAGAUGUUAAUGAACAGCCGAUCUCAGUCAAGGAAGCUUCACCAAUCGACAAAGAAGCUAUUCCAAAUUCUGGAAUAGGUUUCUCUGGUUUUGACAACAGUUUUGCUUCAGAUGCUGUCAAGGACUCAUCAUUUCGUACCACUCAGGACCCUUCUUUUGAUGCUUUAUCCGGAAUAGAAGGGCCAAUAUCGUCUCCGUUAGAGGCUGCGAGUGACAGAGGUUCCCGAGCUUUAGAUCUGUCCAUUCCUUGUGACAAUAGUGAUGACAAAAUCGACUGCAAUAGUAUGUCAGAACAGGCAUCUGAUGAACACCUUAUUCCAACGGCAGAAGAAGUUCAGCAGAACCCUCCUUGCUCCUUGAAUGAAAAUGUUUCUACGUUUUUACAGAAGGUGCCUUCUGAUAAAAGUUUGGAAUUACUUGACAACAAACAGGAGAAGAUAUCUCCAAUUCAAGCAGAGGUACCUGAAGCUGGUUGCUUACCUGGAAAAGCAACGGCUGAUUGUAGCGAGGGCAUUGCUUCAAUAAAUGAUUUACCGCAGCUUUUUCGGGAAGAGGGAACCUACAACUUUUUCCCAUUAGCAAGCACGCAGCAAAAUGAGAGUGCUCCUGUGAAUUCUAAAGGAGGAGGAAAAGUUUGCUCGUCAGAAGACAAGAAGCGUAGUGGGACUACUGUAGCGGAAUCCUCAGAUUUUCUUGGUUUGUCACUGCCAACUGAAUCCAUGGUCGGUGGUCCAGCUUUAAGCUCAAGCUCGUCACAGCUGGCUGAUAUGUGGAAUCAACCAAGGGAAAUUAUUCAAGGAGUUCCUCAGUUUCCUUUUGAUGCGUCAUUGCUUCAUCGGCAUCAAAUGAUCCUGGAUAACAUUCUUAAUAGAGCAAGAUCACAGAAGAGAAAUAGGAGGAGAUUUGCAGAAAUAUUUGAGUCUCCAACAAUGUGGUCAGAAGAGGAGCUAGACUCACUUUGGAUUGGUGUGAGGAGGCACGGAAGAGGUAACUGGGAAGUAAUGUUGAGGGAUCCAAGGCUGCACUUCUUUUCCUGGAGGACACCAAUGGAUUUGGCGGAACAAUGGGUGCAGGAACAAUCGAAACUUUUCCAUGGAAAAUCCAUUUCCCCUGUGGGACAGUUACGAAAAGCUGAUCUUUUGUUCCAUGGUACGGAUGAUGUUAGACUUUCACUGGGGCAUGCAUAUUUUCAGUCAGAGGACAUCCAGAGCCAAAUACCUUUCCAUUUUGGAAAUGUUCAAAAUACUUCGUCCAAACUACUUCACCUGGCUACAACAAACGUAGGGUCCUUAGACUCGCUCAGUCAUAGGGGAAAUCGCGGAAGAGCUAGGUUGAAUCAAUCCGAAAACUUUGCAGGUUCGGGUGUUGACUGUUCAUUCAGUUCUCAUAUUAUGAACAGAGCAUCUGAAGGGGGUAAUUUGCCUCACUGGCUUAAAGAAGUGGUUGCUAUCCCACCGAGGCCUCCUGGAUUUCCCCCAGAUUCUUCAUGGAUUUUCCAUCCGUGGGUUGGUCUACCCUUUCCCGAACCUGACAAAGCAAAUUGUGAAUCAAGGAACAUAUUAAGUGACUUGUGCACUUCACCAAGAGCUGAGCUGAAUAAUGGCAGUUCUGAUCAUGCUCAUCUACCAGCAGUGCCUAUGAGAGAGGGGAAGCAACAUUGUAUGUCAGAGGCGAAUAAAAGGGUUGAGCUAAUUGUCAUCAAUAGCGACGCCUCAUCUGAGGAAACAAUAUCGGAUGAUUGUAAUGUAAGGUGUUAGCUUAAGUUGGGAUUUUAGAGUUUAACUAUGGUUAAGCGUGUAUAAAAGGUUGGUAAUCCGAUUAACUCGGCUAUUUUUGAGAGCGAGGUUAACUGAAAUCAAGUAGGUUUUUGCCAAUUAUUACAAUCAGUUGAUUUGCA